AUGUCUUCAACAACAACAACAACAAAACCUAAUUCAAAAUCAGUUUAUUUACAAUCAUUUUCAUCAAACUCAUAUGAUUCAAAUCAAAGUCCAUUAGCUCUUUUAGCUCAAACAUGUUCAAGUAUUGGAAAAGAUUUUCCAUCAUCUCCUUCAUCAAUCACAAAUUCAGUUCCAUCAAUAACAACAUCUCAUUCUACAAAAUCUUCAACAAAUCUAUUUAAUUCUGACAAAUCAUUAUCAUCUACGAAAUGUUCAUCGCCUUCACAGUUAAAUAAUAUAAAUACCCAUAAAAAAUCUACACUUCCAUUAAAAUCAAAUAUUCAAUCAGCAUCUUCAUCUUUCAUCGAACCAAAUCUAUUAACGAAUCAGUUAACACCUCUAUUUGAUCCAACUAAAUCUGCAGCUGCAUUAUUUCUUCGUUCGUCUCUUGCUUAUUUAGUUUCACAACAACAACAACAACAACAACAUCAACAACAUUCAUAUUCCUUAACAUGUCCAAUACCUGGAUGUUUACAAUGUGAAACAGUUAGAUAUAUUCUUUCGAAUUCAAUAAAUAAUCAACCAUAUGUAUGUCAUUGGUCAUCAUGUAAUGCAAGAUUUUAUUCCAAUGAUGAAUUAAUUGAACAUAUUCGAUAUAAUCACAAAUCAUCAAAAAUAUCUCAUCAUCAUCAUUAUCAUCAUCGUUUUCAUCCGUAUUUAAAUACAUCAAGGAUGACUGAAGCCAAUGAUCAGUUACCAUUUUUUUAUCCUCACUUGUCUUUAUUACCAAUGACAGAAACCAAAAGACAUAUGAAUAAUAAUACAAAUAACAAUAAUUAA